UCGGGAGAAGCGGUCACGUGAUUUUUAGCGAAUUUUUGUGCGUAGUGCGUUUUUUCCUAGUGCGUUUCUUUCCAUAGAAGAACUAGUUGUAAAAAAACCGUUCUCAAUAUUAGUGAUGUACUGCUAUGUGCGGGCCAGAUCAACUCCUCAGCAAAUUCUUUUUGACACUAGUGCAUAACGAGCUGGUAGCAGAAAGUAAGCGAACUGGUUGUUUUUUGUGUGUAUUUCUUCACUUCCCAUGCAACCAAGACUUGGAUAUAUGUGUUCUUCUCGCGUCUGAUACCAGACGGAUGCUUGGCGGAGUGGCAGGACGACACAUGUCAAACCGACGGAAAGGUUCCGCCAUUAUGCGUGGUGGUGCAGAUGACUUCAGCCCUUCAGUACGAUAUGCACGUCGUAGAAGGGCGGUCACCACCAUGGACCAUAAAACGUGCGCCCUCAUACAGACAAGGCUCAAGCUUGGAGAUAUCAUGUUGGCCGCAGCACAGGAGGCAGCGGCACAGCAGGCGGUUGCGCAGCAGACGGGGGCGGGCGCAGCUGAUAAAAUGGGUGGCGCCAAUGCGGCCGGAGGGCAGGGCCCAAGCUCGUUGUUUUUACUAUCUGACCAGAAUAUUAUUCGUAGAUAUACUCGCUUCAUAAUCGAGUGGCCUCCGUUUGAGUAUGCUGUGCUUUCGACAAUCAUUGCGAACUGUGUAGUACUAGCACUUGAAGAACAUUUACCAAGAUCAGAUAAAACAAAUCUGGCGCAAAGAUUGGAGGCAGUCGAAGUUUACUUUUUAGGAAUAUUUUGCGUUGAAGCAUCAUUGAAAAUUCUGGCCUUAGGUUUCGUUUUACAUAGGGGAUCGUAUCUUAGGAACAUUUGGAACAUCAUGGAUUUCUUUGUAGUGAUCACAGGGUUUUUGUCAAUGUUACCUCAGGAUGGCAUAAUGGACCUGCGUACGUUGCGGGCAAUUCGAGUGCUAAGACCUCUCAAGCUAGUCUCUGGCAUCCCUAGUUUGCAAGUGGUCUUGAAGUCCAUCAUCAAGGCCAUGGCACCGCUGCUUCAGAUUGGAUUGUUGGUUUUGUUUGCGAUUGUGAUAUUCGCCAUAAUAGGUCUGGAGUUUUAUUCAGGCGCACUUCAUAGAACGUGUUAUAGCCUUUACGAUAUAGAUCAAAUAGUAAGAGAAGGUGAAGUCGAGGUGCCUUGCAAUACAGAUAACGAAACACUAGCACUAAAUCAGGGCAGUAACUGGUGUAGGGAUGGAAAUUCCGUUUGUCUAGAGAGGUGGCAAGGUCCAAAUCAUGGCAUCACUUCUUUCGACAACAUCGGUUAUGCUAUGCUCACCGUUUUUCAAUGUAUUACUAUGGAAGGAUGGACGAAUAUUUUGUAUCAGAUGAAUGAUGCUGUUGGUAGCAUGUGUAACUGGAUGUACUUCGUGCCACUUAUUGUCCUGGGUUCUUUUUUUAUGUUGAAUCUAGUUCUUGGUGUUCUCAGCGGUGAAUUUGCUAAAGAAAGAGAAAAAGUAGAGAACCGACAGGAAUUCCUCAAAUUGAGGAGACAAAAAGAACUAGAAAGAGAGCUUUAUGGCUACGUACAGUGGAUAUGUAAAGCUGAGGAAGUAAUACUAGCAGAGGAACGAACGACUGAAGAGGAGAAGAUGCACAUAAUGGAGGCCAGAAGAAGAGCUGCGAAGAAGAGAAAACUAAAGAAAAUAGGAAAGAGCAAGAGCACAGACACCGAAGAGGAAGAGCAAGAAGAAGAUAUCGGAGAUGAUGAGUCAAAGAAAGAACUCAAAGGCUUCGGCAAAUCCUCUUACCUCAAAUCCAGAGUGCAAGGACAAAGCGGAUGUGCUCGUUUUUGGAGAGCUGAGAAAAGGUUCAGAUUUGGCAUUCGAAGGUUGGUGAAAUCUCAAGGUUUCUACUGGUUCGUCAUCGUGUUGGUCUUCUUCAACACCAUCUGCGUUGCGAUAGAGUACCAUGGACAGCCACAGUUCUUGACGGAUUUUCUUUAUAUCGCCGAGUAUGUUUUCCUUGGUUUGUUUCUGACAGAGAUGUUCGUCAAAAUAUACGCCCUUGGACCAAGAAUAUAUUUCGAAUCUGCCUUCAACCGUUUCGACUGCGUAGUUAUAUCCGGAUCCAUAUUCGAAGUCAUAUGGUCUGAGGUUAAGGGUGGAUCCUUCGGGCUCUCGGUGCUCCGAGCCUUGAGGCUCCUGAGGAUAUUCAAGGUGACCAAGUACUGGUCCUCCCUGCGCAACCUCGUCAUCUCGCUGCUCAACUCGAUGAGGUCCAUCAUCUCUCUGCUGUUCUUGCUCUUCUUGUUCAUACUGAUCUUCGCCUUGCUGGGAAUGCAGCUUUUCGGAGGAGAGUUUAACUUCGAGGAAGGAACGCCACCGACCAACUUCAACACCUUCGCGAUAGCACUCCUCACUGUAUUCCAGAUCCUCACAGGUGAAGAUUGGAAUGAAGUAAUGUACCAUGGUAUAGUAGCCCUUGGGGGUCCUCACGAUGGAGGCAUGAUUUAUUCGCUCUACUUCAUAGUCCUCAUGUUGUUCGGCAACUAUACCUUGCUAAACGUGUUCUUGGCCAUCGCCGUCGACAACUUGGCCAAUGCACAAGAGUUGACAGCCGCUGAAGAAGAACAAGCGGAGGAGAAUAAGGAGAAGCAAGCUAUAGAAUUGGAGAAAGAAAUGGAAGCUCUACAAGGUGGAGACCUUGGUUCGAAUCAGAGGAUUGACGCUCCUUCGAGUCCAGUGAGGAGAAAAAAGAAGAAAGACGAGAAACCUCCAGAGGAAGAAGAAGAGAUUAUCGGUCCCAAACCUAUGCUGCCAUACUCUAGCAUGUUUAUAUUUCCUCCAACUAAUUCUAUAAGAAGAGGAGCCCAUUGGGUGGUCAAUCUUCGCUACUUCGAUUUUUUCAUCAUGAUCGUUAUCUGCCUUAGUUCAAUGGCCCUUGCCGCUGAAGACCCGAUAAACGAGGAGUCAACCCGCAACCACAUACUGGAUCAAUUCGAUUACGCCUUCACCUGCGUCUUCGCCGUCGAAAUGUUCCUCAAGAUCAUCGAUCUGGGGAUCAUCCUGCAUCCGGGCUCGUACCUGCGCGAGUUCUGGAACAUUAUGGACGCUGUGGUCGUGAUCUGUGCGCUUGGGUCCAUCGCGUUUGAUAUGAUAUAUUCGGAGAAGAGUGCAGCUUCUGCGAAUCUAGCAACAAUGAAAUCGUUGCGAGUGCUCCGAGUGCUUAGACCUUUAAAAACAAUUAAAAGAGUGCCCAAAUUGAAGGCGGUCUUCGACUGCUUAGUGAACUCAUUAAAAAAUGUGAUAAAUAUCCUCAUAGUGUAUAUAUUAUUUCAGUUCAUAUUUGCUGUGAUUGCUGUUCAGUUGUUCAAUGGAAAGUUCUUCUACUGCUCGGAUAAAAGCAAAAUAACCGAAGCCACGUGCCAGGGGAAUUAUUUCGUGUUCGACGAAGACAGUGAGGUACCAAGGGUCGAACAAAGGGUAUGGGGUCCGCAAAGUUUUUACUACGACAACGUUCCCCUGGCUAUGUUGACCCUAUUCGCAGUACAAACUGGUGAAGGGUGGCCUCAGGUGCUGCAGAAUUCCAUGGCGGCCACUUACGUUGACCAAGGCCCAAUACAGAACUAUCGAAUAGAGAUGUCCAUUUUCUAUAUUGUAUAUUUCAUAGUGUUUCCUUUCUUUUUUGUAAAUAUAUUCGUAGCCUUGAUAAUUAUUACGUUUCAAGAACAGGGUGAAGUGGAACUUCAAAGCGGAGAAAUAGAUAAAAAUCAAAAAUCCUGUAUAGACUUUACGAUACAAGCCAGGCCUUUGGAGAGGUACAUGCCAAAUAAACGGAAUAGUUUCAAAUACAAGAUUUGGAGGGUGGUCGUUUCAACGCCCUUCGAGUAUUUCAUCAUGCUUCUGAUCGUAUUUAACACGUUACUGCUGAUGUUGAAGUUUGACAAGCAAGACGAUACCUUCACCAAUACACUUAAGUACCUCAACUGGGUCUUUACCGCCAUGUUCACUGUGGAAUGCAUUCUCAAGAUAUUAGCCUUUGGCGUUAGGUAUCACGAGUCACCGCCCAUGAUGUCGAACAUAUUGGCUGCGAUGAACAUUAUUUUUACCUUCCUCUUCUUAUGUGAAACCGUACUCAAGCUGAUCGCCUUUGGAAUCAAGAACUUCUUCAAGGACCCCUGGAAUACUUUUGACUUCGUUACAGUCAUAGGAAGUAUAGUAGACGCCAUGGUUGUGGAGUUUGGAGAGAGGGCCAAUGCCAUAGCAAAAGAGAGGUUACGUAACCCACGUAAUGCACCUGAAAUGGAUAUAUUUACCAAGAUCGUGAAAUAUAUGCAGGAAAACUCUAUCAAUGUUGGGUUCUUGAGGUUAUUUCGAGCAGCUCGUCUGAUUAAACUAUUAAGACAAGGGUACACAAUACGAAUAUUGCUUUGGACAUUUGUCCAGAGUUUCAAAGCUCUUCCUUAUGUUUGUCUUCUAAUAGCUAUGUUGUUCUUCAUUUAUGCUAUAAUUGGGAUGCAGGUUUUCGGCAACAUAAAAGAGAUACCAGGGGAAGACAUAAAUCGACAUAACAAUUUCAGAAAUUUCGUCCAAGGCUUGAUGUUACUAUUCAGGUGUGCCACUGGUGAAGCAUGGCCCAGUAUAAUGCUGUCAUGUGUCAAACAUAAGGAAUGCGAUCCAAAUGCGAACAAACCUGAUCCUCAUAGUUGUGGUUCUAAUUUGGCCUACGCAUACUUUGUGUCCUUCAUAUUUUUUUGCUCAUUUCUGAUGUUGAAUCUCUUCGUCGCUGUCAUCAUGGAUAAUUUCGAUUAUCUAACCAGAGAUUCUUCGAUUCUGGGUGCUCACCAUCUGGACGAAUUCGUUAGAAUAUGGGCUGAAUAUGAUCCGAACGCAACGGGCAAAAUUCACUACACCGAAAUGUACGACAUGUUGAAGAACAUGGAUCCACCGUUGGGUUUUGGCAAUAAGUGUCCAAACAGGUUAGCCUAUAAGAAAUUGAUACGGAUGAACAUGCCUGUAGAUGAUGAAGGAAGAGUGAACUUCACAUCUACGUUGUUUGCACUUAUCAGAGAGAACUUGGCUAUCAAAAUGCGACCAGCUGAGGAAAUGGACCAGGCCGAUAUGGAACUGAGAGAAACGAUAAAAACCAUAUGGCCCCUACAGGCCAAGAAUAUGGUUGACCUCUUGGUACCUCCAAGCGACCAAGUAAACAGCAACAAAAUGUCGGUGGGUAAGAUCUACGCAGGUCUUCUGAUCUUGGAGAGUUGGAGAAGCACCAGAUUCGGCCAAGAGGAGCCUUCUGGAUUGCCGGGAUUUGGAAAUAGUCCUUCAACAAAUCACGCGAAAGCGUCGUUUUUUGACUGCCUCUUGGAUAUGGCCGGGCAUUUGGGAGGCAGCCGUACAGGAUCAUUGAGUUUGGAGGGUGCCCCCCUUAUGGGGGGCCAGGAACACUCGGAUGCCCAUGUUCCAGAAGAAAGCUCCCUUGCCACUCUAGCUCGAAGAAAUACGAAGAGGAACAGAUCGCUAAGGAGCAAAAAGGCGCUUGCCGAACUGCAGGAGGUUCUGGGAUCGAGGAGACCUUCCUGUGAUAGCAUGGCGGACCAACAGCAUCUUCAUCCUUCUUCUAAUUAUGGAAAUAAUCACAGGAGAUCACCUAGUCUUCGACGAGGCAAUUCUCCAACAAACCAAAGGAGCCCAUCGCCAAGACGAAGGUACCCGUCACAUCUACACCACGAUAUAGGAUUUUCGGAUACAGUGUCAAACGUUGUGGAAAUAGUGAAACAUGAGCAUCACAGGGCUCAUUCUCAUAGGCGAUUUAUGAGAGAAUUAUCUGCUCUAGGCUCGUGGUCUGCUUCCACCAGUCCAGCAAGGUCACCAUCACCCACGCACCGCUACAACAACCCCGUCAGGUACAGGGAGACGUCUAGGUCGUCUCGACGCGGCUACGGCAACAACAUGUGCCAGAGGUCAAGGUCACCAAGUCCUUCACAUCCUCUUCCCCAAGCGGGGUACGGACCUCCAACCAUAGGUUGGUGCGUUUAUACACACGGAAAUGGAACGAGAGCCGGUGCUGUGGUAGGUAUACCGAUGCAGCAGUCUGCAGCCCAUCAUGGAAGCAUGCAGCACAGCUAUCCAGUCUUGGGCGUCAGACGAGGACAUGGCAGACGACUGCCACCAACACCUUGCAAGCCCUCAACGCUGCAUUUGCCUCCUGGCACUAACUUUUCUAAGUUGAAUCCUAGUCCAACGCAUGUGAACCUGCCUCAGAUGCAAACACAGUCGGCUCAUGCGACACCUCACAGUAUGCAUCAUAACUACCCCCCCGAUCGUGACAUGUACAGGGAGAGAGAUAGUAAUCCUACAGCGAUAUCGAAUCCGUCUUCUACAUAUAAGGAGAGCACACAAGCUCCAUUAAGUUUCGAACAAGGUGUCGCUUUAGGCAGAGGCGGCCGUAUGUUGCCAAGUCCAGUACCAAACGGUUACAAACCGAAGCCAAACAGGACUCGUCAUUCCGACUCAGAUGACGACGACUGGUGCUAGCAGCGGGCCUAACCUUUAGGAGUACUACCAACGACCAGGAAUUGAAUUAUUACGCUGUGUAUCGUAUGUGUGUGUGUGUAUGUGACGCUUUAUGUGACAUUUCAUAACUCAUUACUACUGCCAAUAAAAUUCAUUUUGUAUUGAUUUCAAGAACAGGAGAUUUCAUUUGAUGUCGUGGAGUGAUGUGCGAAUUAAAAAAAAAAUCGUAUAGGUACAUGUAUAUAAUAUGGUUUUGGGAGCAGAAAACGCAGAUCUCAUACCACUUAUUGAACCGAAUGAUAAGUGUUUCGUUUGGUUUUUGACGUUAUCGGUUGUUCAUAUGACUGUAAUUUUUACUGCAAUAUUGGCUGAAUUCUUUGUUGAAUUGUGUUAAGGACUUUCUGAAUUCGAAGCUAUUUAUUUAAUGAGUUAAUAUUUAUUAUUCAAUAAUUUUAUUUAUAUGUAUAUAAAUGAUCUUUUUAUUCUUUUUUUUGUCCGAACACUACAUACUAUGCAUUAAUACCUAGGAUUAUAUGAUUUUCGAAUCAACGAAUAUUUUCCGAAAUGAAUAUAUAUUUUUCAAUUUGUUUCCGAUCCAGUAGCCUCCAAUUACUCUCUUAAAACCUCAUAUUAAUUGGUAACUAAUUUCUUUCUCAUAUUAUACGUAUUUCAUGUAUUUUUACGUAGUUGAAAAAAUUGAGGAAACUGAAUAUACUUUCCUUGGUGUUUACGAAUGUAGCUCGUGUAUUUGUUGAUUUCUGCUUUCAACGCCCCCUGACCUUUCAAAUCUGUAUAUAUGGUAAUUUUGAAAUUUAAAAUCUAAUUGUAAUUUAUACCAAAAAUUUAAUUCGAGUAAAAUAAUUAUAAUUCUUCCCUGAAGUGCUUUAAUCACUAAAUUUACGAAAAAAAAAAUACUUGUUACAUGAAUAGUAAUCAAAUUGUUGAGUUGUUCUUAAUGUAAUAUUAGUUGAAACUGGUAUAUUGUAAUGACCAGGACCAGUUAGAAGAAGUCCGGCGAAGAUGUUUUCUCCGAUAA